AACAAUUCGUGACAUUCAUUUUUCUAAUCGUAUAGUUUACUGUCGAUACUGUGGUAGUGGGUAGUGUAUUCAUUAUUCAGUGAAGUGUGUAUAAGCAUUGUGGGUUGCUUGCAUUGAUAGUUUAAACAAAUUAUCGAAAUCGUUGUAAAGUUUUGCUUUAUUUACCAAAAUGAACAAAGGUCGGAAUUUUGGAGCUCAAAGAAAAUUUGCUGCUGGAGCAUUUGCACCGAAUAAGAGCCAAUCUACACGAUUGGAAACUCCCACAGAAACCAGGCCUGAUCAAGACCCUAUAGUACGUUUAGUGAAGAAAAAACCAUCCAUUCUCUUGGACAGACUUACUUUUAAUGAUAUACAUAAGCAUUUUCAGCCUGUGGUUGUACUAGAACGACUACAUACAACCCAAGUUACGAAUGCUCAGUUGCGCCAGACUGCGAAAUUAGCAGACAGUGAUCUCUCUCAAGAAACUGGUGAGACCUCAUUGACUGAAAAUUCUACCUCAAAUGAUCACAUUGAAUCAAGCACUACAAAAGAUUGUUUCACUCCGGAUCCACUUAUCAACAAAAGAAGUCGCUCUAGAUCUACAACUACUGAUGAUGAAAUUACAAUUAGGAAAAAACGAAAAACAACAAUUUUGAAUGCACCAAUAUUUCGCCCGACUAUAGAAGAAUUUAAUGAUCCACUUACAUAUAUAGAAAAAAUAUUACCUAAAGCAUCUAAGUAUGGAUUAUGUAGAGUAAUACCACCGAAUGGAUUCACACCUCCCUGUAAUCUUGACGAGUCAAUGGGCUUUACUGUAUCAAACCAAUAUGUCCAACGAAUGUUUAAACGAUAUGGCCCAGCUACAAAAGAAUUGAGCGCUUUCAAAGCCCUCUUAGCAUCACAGAAAGUGCCAUUCAAGCGACCACCUUUAGUAAGCGGAUUGGAAGUUGACUUACCACACUUGUACAAACUAGUGCAGAACAUGGGUGGCCUGAAGAAAAUAACAACGCUACCAAAAUGGAACAAAGUGGCUGAACACUUGAAAUGUUGUAAGAAUUUGAAAAAUCCUGGGCAGAAAAUAAAACAGAUUUACGAGAAAUAUCUACUCCCAUAUGAAGUAAUGACGUCGCUGGAGAAACACAAUUUGACAGAACAAGUAGAGCAAUUGUGUGAACGACGAUAUUCAAGGAUGUUUAAGCGAGCAAAAAGUCCUUUGCACACACAAAAACAAAUGCUGGAGCAAUGUGACUCGACCGAUAAUGAUUCGUCUGAUGAAACACCAAUAAAGGAUCGUAUAAUAUUUAGUGCCUUGGCUGAGACUGAAGACUGCAUUGUUCCCGGUCGCCCUAUGAAAUUCCAUGCAUUUGAAAAAGUAGCCGAAGUCGCUUCUAAAGCAUUUUUGUCAUGCGCAAGUCAGAAAACCAAUGUGAUUGAAAAAGAAUAUUGGGACAUUGUGUUGUCGAGGACAAAGCAUGUGUGUGUUAAUGCAGCUUCGAUUGAUACGGGUGCAACGGAUUAUGGUUUUCCAAAUAAUGAUUCAAAUGAGUAUUAUAAUACACAUCCAUGGAACUUGAAGCGUAUCAGUAAGAACACACAAAAUAUGCUAAGUUUCCUUGGUCCGGUGGUUGGAAUGACUGCGCCCACAUUGCAUUUGGGAAUGCUAUUUUCGACGAGUUGUUGGCACAGGGACCCCCAUGGCCUGCCAUGGAUCGAGUAUAUGCAUAAGGGGUCGAAGAAAGUAUGGUAUGGCAUUGAUGACACGCAAAGCGAGAAAUUCCGCAAAGCAGUUGAACACUUGUGCCCAGCGUUCUCCCAAAAUAAAUCUGUUUGGUUGCCAUCAGAUAUAGCGAUGAUUCCACCGGAAUUAUUGCAGGAGAAUUCGGUGUCUCUUAGCCGGGCGGUGCAGAGUCCGGGUGAAUUUAUCAUAGUUUGCCCGAAAGCCUAUUCGUGUUCUAUUGCCACGGGCUACACCAUUUCCGAAAGUGUGUACUUUGCUACGUUGUCCUGGAUUCAAUGUCUUGGUGAAACAUUUGAAACAUUAAAAAGCAGUUGUGAACCAACAAUGUUUUCCUUCGAGCAACUGUUAUUUGCUUUCGUAAAAGAUGCCCGUACGCCGCCGUCGGUUUUAACAGCAAUUGAGCCAAUAUUAAGAGAAGUUCUCGACAAGGAGAUCGAAAACAGAAGGAAUUUGGAAAAAUUAGGGUUACCGAGAGCGUGGCUAAAACCAUCUAAACAGAGCUCGACGAGUGCUUGGAACGUGUGUGACCAAGAUGAGUGCUAUAUAUGCCGGAUGACUCUAUAUUUAUCGAGGGUGCGAGGCGUUUUAGAUAGAAAUUCAGUGCUGUGUCCGGAACACGCGUUGAAGAUACUGGAACAACCAAACAAAAAUAAUUUGAUAAAUGAGAGUAAGCGAUUGUCAUUCAUAAUUAUGUACAGCACCAGUGAACUUCAGGAGCUUCUGGAGUUUCUCAAAGAUCGUCUGAAGAAAAGAUAGCAUAAUAUUCAAGAAUGCAUGGUACUUCUGCAUUCUACUCCGACCGUGUAAGAGUCGUCUCUUACAUACUUAAAUUUUCGUAAAUUUACGUUAUUAUUGUCACUAGGGCAUUGAAACUCGGUUCAAUUUUGAAAACCCGAGUUUUCGGGUCUAAGAGUAAUCAAAACCCGGGUAGACCGGUUUUUUCGAGCGAUUCGAUCUUUUUAUUGUAUUUUUUUAAAUAUAUUAAUCUGUUAAAUAUCGAUCUCCUACAAUGAGUACAAA